UCGGUCUUAAUUCUCCUGUAUUGCCCUAUACCACACUCUCAAUACCCAUUGCACUUCCAUCGGGACCCAGUCGUCCGUUGGUUUACUCGCAUCUAAUACGCCCUGGUGGUGUUUUGUCUUUGUUGUGAUACCCCUUCUCUCUGUACUUGCUUAGAUCCCUCCUUUACCUUACAUCCUUGCUGUCUCCUAGUAGCAGUAUACCAUCAGUUGAUUUUUUUCAACGACCGAAUUUUUCUGGCGAUGGAUCACAUCAAGCUACUCUUUGUCUCUCCGGGGAUUAACCCGAGUAAUCGCAAAGCACAAUCAAUCCCCAUCCUCAACCCAUUCGACAAGUAUGGUCGAGUUUUCUUCUUCUCAUGGCUGGGUUUCAUGGUGGCUUUCCUGUCGUGGUAUGCCUUUCCACCGUUGUUGACCGACACAAUUCGCCAAGAUCUGAAGAUGACAGAGACGCAGGUCGCAAACUCGAACAUCGUUGCUCUGCUCGCGACUCUGCUUGUGAGAUUCGUGGCAGGACCCCUUUGUGAUAAAUUCGGUCCUCGUCUGGUUUUCAUUGGGCUGCUGCUUUGUGGUUCGAUCCCAACUGCCAUGGCGGGUCUUGUCACCACUCCCAAUGGCUUGAUUGCCCUGCGCUUCUUCGUGGGUAUCCUCGGAGGUACCUUUGUCCCAUGCCAGGUCUGGUGCACGGGAUUCUUUGACAAGAAGAUUGUUGGGACUGCGAAUGCUCUGGCUGGUGGCUGGGGCAAUGCUGGUGGCGGAAUCACCUUCUUCGUUAUGCCCGCUGUGUACGAUUCCCUCGUCAAAGUCCAGGGCUUGCCACCACACAAAGCAUGGCGCGUGGCAUAUAUAGUGCCGUUCAUCAUCAUUGUCGGGGUCGCCCUGACUAUGCUCUUCGUAUGUGAGGACACGCCGACGGGCAAAUGGUCAGAGCGUCAUCUCUGGGUGAAGGAAGCCACUGAGUCUGAGGGCAAUAUCAUUGAUAUCAACUCGGGAAUUCCAUCCAAAGCCCCCUCGGUGUCCGACAUGAUGGCGGACGUGGAGAAGAAAGGCGGCGCCCAGACCCCCAUGUCCCUGGGAGCCGAGUCCCAGCAGAUUGGCCAGUUCGACGCGCUGCGGACGGACACGGUAGUAGCACCCACGCGCAAAGAGGCCCUGAACGUGCUCUUCAGUAUGUUCACUGCAGCCGUCGCCAUCCCAUACGCCUGCACUUUCGGGGCAGAACUUGCCAUCGAGUCUGUUCUGGCAAACUACUACGUAGCGAACUUUCCCAGUAUGGGACAGACCGAGUCCGGACGAUGGGCCGCCAUGUUCGGGCUACUGAAUAUCAUCUGCCGACCGGCCGGUGGCUUCGUGGCCGACUUUCUAUACAGAACCACACAGAGCCUAUGGUCGAAGAAGAUCCUGCUGGUCUCCUUGGGACUCAUCACGGGAGCUUUCCAGCUCGCGAUCGGACUCACCAACCCGAAGACCGAGGCCACCAUGUUCGGCCUCAUGGCCGGGCUUGCCUUUUUCCUCGAAGCCUGCAAUGGCGCCAUCUUUUCUUUGGUACCUCAUGUGUAUCCAUUUGCCAAUGGUGUCGUGUCGGGUGCUGUCGGUGGCAUGGGCAAUUUUGGUGGAAUCAUCUUUGCUAUCAUCUUCCGCUACAAUGGGUCGCACUAUGCUCAAUCGCUCUGGAUCAUCGGGGCGAUCUCGCUGGCAGCGAACGUGGGCAUUUCGUGGAUCCGGCCGGUGGCGAAGAACCCGGUUGUGAGGCAGUAG